AUGCGCCGAGCCGCCUCAAAGGACGUCCCCAAGCCUCUCGAUGCCAGAUGGGCUGAUGUUCUCCUCGUUCUUCCCUCCAUCGCUCAGGAUGCGCCAGUAACAGACAUAGCCUCCUCUCUCGCCUUUUUCACUGGGCCAGGAUGCGACUACGGCAGAGCGGCAGCCACUGAGUUUGGUAAAGACUAUCUUGGCAAAUUCGAGAAGCAACAGCGCCAAAAGAAAGCGAAGAAUCGCACGGCCGCUCUUGGACGACCUGUGUCAGCCGCGAGGGAGGACCAUCGUCCUUCCCCGGACACGGCAGCUAGAAAGCCAGAGAAGGAGGCAUCGGCCACAGAGGACCAGCCGCAGGUUCCGUUGGACAGCGACUCAUUUAUUGACCCUCCAACGGCAAUUCCUGACGCGGAUCCGGAUCUCGUCAUAGGACUCUUCCCACGGCGUUCUUUGUCACCUCAAGCUUCAUCCGCUGACGAAGACACUUUGAGCACUUACUACAGUCGCAUUGGCUAUCUACCUCCUCUUAGCGAAUCAACUCUGGAAGUCGUUCGGCAGGUGUUAGCGGAUCCUACCAUGGGUGCUGGAGCAGGUCGACUCACGACUGAGUCAGAACAACAAGACGGUCUUGUCGGUCGGAAUGUAAAUUGGUACCCAUGGCCUGACCCUUAUCGCACAGUAAUAGAGUCACUACCAACUUCAAACCAUGAGGCUGCAAUUCCGUCACUAUCAACAGAUGAUGAGGAAGAAAAGAACAAGAAAUGGGAUGAUGAUUUGGCGAAAUGCAGGCUAGAUCCCCAGGAGUUUGUUUUCCAACGAACGGUAAUGAUGUCAAUGGUGAACCGACACCGCUUCAUCUACGACACAAAGGGGGUUCUUGAUUUCGCAGUCGAGAGGGUGUGGACUUGCUCGCCAAUGCCGACACGGGCACUCUUGGAAGAAGAUGGCAAGACGCUCCCUAUGUCACAGCCCGACAUCUCUAUUGCAUUUCGCAGGACCGCUGUAAUUAACGAUCAUUACGAAACCCUUCCGCCAACGGUGCGUCAAUUAGUAUGUUACGAAGGCUUGAAAGCAGCUCAGCAACUUCGUGCCUUCCAUUUCUUCGCGAUUGAGGCAAAGAACACAUACAAGAGUCUCCGUGAUCCAGUUUCCCAGUUCCAAGUUCUGAAUACCGCCAGCCAGUCACUGCACAACAUGUACGAGUUCUUCAACGAAGCUGGCCCAGAGCACCUAGCAAACUUCUUCGACAAGGUUAGAGUAUUCACCGCUGUGUCAACGACCGAUGGCAUCAUCAUUCGAGUUCACCGGGCUUGUUUGACCAGGGAGUUCCGCGGAGCAAACCCAUCCCAUCCGGACUUGCCGCCCCCUAAGGAUCACAUAGUCCCCGACUAUCCACUUCAAUUUGAAUAUGAUAUCUAUUUCGAAGCACAUGCCAAUGACUUCACCCGCAAGACAGUUUUAUCUACGCUAGAAAAAAUCAUAAUCAACUACGGGGCUGGGAAACUCCUCGGCCUUUUGCAAAAUGCAGCGAAGGUUGUCGCCAAGAAUUUCAAGGCUCACAAACUGAAACGGAAAAAACACUACUACUCUCACCACCAGAACUCAGAGAAGAAAGGUGGAAAGAGCACCCCUGCGCCGUCUCAUAUAUCACAAGUGACGGCAGAAACCUCCAAUCAUGGUUCUUUGCAACAGGAAUUAUAUUCAAAGAACAUACAACUGAUGCAUACCUUGAACAAAACAAGCAGUUCUAGAAUCAACGAUGACCCUGAGCAUGAACCGCCUGCGUCCACACCCCCGACUUCAGAACAGAUAUUAGUUCGAGACCCUAACGCGAGCCUGUCCGAGAACUUUGAGAGUGGGCUCAAUGUCGACGACCCUGUACGCUCCAGUGCGGAGCAGCCGAGGCCGGCGACCGUGCCUAGCCAGAGAGAUGCCUUGCCGCCUCGGCAACCAGCUGGCAAACGUCGUGAAGUCCAUGGGAGCGAGGUCGCGGGACAUCAACCCCGGGCUCGGUCCAGUCGCCCCACGCGUUCCAAUAAGAAGGCGCGAAUCGAAUAG